GGAGAUGGAAGAUUUUCGAGGUAUAACUGAAGAGUCAUUUCCGAGCUUUUUAACCAAUUCAUUACUUGGUAAUAGUGGGAUUUUGGAAAAUGUAACACUUUCUUCAAAUCUUGGCUUGCCUGUUGCUGUUUCAACACUUGCUAGAAAUAGAUCCAGCACUGAUAAUAGGUGUUCUGAUAUCCAGGCAUCUUAUUUAGUAGAAGAGAGGUCUUCAGUUCCAUCUGAGUCAUCUCCUGGUAGCCAGAGUGAAGCUGAACCAAGAGAGAAGUUACAGCUUAGUUUCCAGGAUGAUGAUGAUGAACUGUUGGGAGUCAAGACUGGAAGCAGUUCCAUUAAAGAGGUGGAGAAACUAGGAAGUAAAUUAGAGUUGGAGAAGAGCCAUAUAGGAAGUCAACAUUUGUCAGAUGCUGUCCUCAAAGAGUCAGCUUUCCCCAACAAUCGAGCAAAAACUGAAGAGGAGGAGGCUAACACUGCGGAAUCCUUUCACAGGCAAGAUCCUUGUGUAAAGAUUUUACCACUGGACCAAGUACAAGUCUCACCUAUUGAUGUUUGUUUACGAUCGUGGAUGAAUAAUGAGAACAAGAUUGUUGUUCCUGAUGCUGGAAAACAUUUUGAAGGGAAGAAUUCAAACAAUGACUUAAGCCAUACUAGUUUAAUAGAAAAUGAAAAACUUAUGUCACUGACAAGCUUGGAUGACUCUUCUGAUGAUGAUAUUGAUGAUGAAGAGUUUUAUGAUGAUCAUUUGGAGGCUUAUUUUGAGCAACUGGCAAUUCCAGGAAUGAUAUAUGAAGACCUAGAAGGACAGGAACUUCCAGAAAAAGAUUUUAGGUUGCCUAUAGGUGAUCUCAGUCUGGCAAAUGGAAACGGUAAUUUAAACUGUAAAUUUCAGUCAGAAAAUAACAGCUCUCUGAUUUCCCAUGGCUCACACUCUUCAGGAAAUUCUGAAACAACCCACAGAGAGUCUGAACAAGGCCAUGUUUGUCUCCCUGGGACCAGUAAUUCUAUAGAUAACGGAAAUAGUAGAAGGCAUGUAGAUGAUGUGUUACCAUUUUCCUCUAACACCUUGAGAAGUGAAAAAAAGAAAGAAGGGGCAGAAAGUUCAAAGGGUAUUGUUCGUCAUUGUGACAGAGAAAGCACAAGAGAAGAAGUUCUGGUGAAGACUAUCAGGACUGCUAAUGCAAAAUUUAACCCUGUUUAUUUUCAUGAUGAUACAAAUGUCAAUAGAGGUGAUUUUGACCUGAUGAAUCCUUUAAAACUGGAGGCAGGGUCUCCUCAUCAAAAUAAGCAAUUGGCAUCAGAUUCAGACACUAAGAUUCCUAAAGUAUCCAUUCAAAAAAAUAUGAACAUAGCAUCUUUGAAGCCCAUUAAUAAAAAUAGUAUUAAUUCUGAUAUUCUCCAGUCACCAACUAGCGAAAGAAGAGCAUGUGAAAGUUACGAGUCCAUUGAAAAGAAUAAAGACCAAGCUGAUCCACCGCAGAAUGUGGUUUAUCAAAAUGAAGAAGGUAGAUGGGUCACUGACCUUGCUUAUUAUACAUCUUUUAAUGAAGAACAAGAUUUAAAUAUGCCUCCAGUGGAUGAAAUGAAUGAAGAAUUCAGAACUGGUUCUGAGGCAUUGGAGUUGAUUGCACAAGAUGAAGAAGAAUUUAAUAAAGAGCACCAAUUUAUGCAGGAAGAAAAUAUAGAUGCCCAGAAUACUUCAGUUGCACUAAGGGAUACGUCGUGGGGAACUUCAGUUAAUUACAAUUUGUUGAGGAAAUCACUUAGCACAUCAGAUUUGAACAAAGACGAUGCCAGUUAUUUACGUCUCUCUUUGGGAGAGUUCUUUGCUCAGAGAUCUGAAGCUCUUGGUUGCCUUGGUGGUGGUUACAGUGUGAAAAGACCAUCAUUUGGUUAUUUUAUUAGAUCACCAGAAGAGAGAGAACCUGUUGCUUUAAUAAGAAAAUCUGAUUUAUCACAAAGUGAUUUGGAAAAAGAAAUGGUUCGUCUUAACCAUGAUCCAUUUUCAGGAGAUUUAAAUGAACACUCCAAUACACAACUAAGUGAAGGAUCAGUUACACUUCAGGCGGAAGAACUGGAGAGUAUUUCACAAGUGGAUGAAAACGAUGUGACAUUAACUGCCAAUAAAGGCAAAACAGAGGAUACUUUCUUCAUGAAUUGCAAACCCCAAAGAUGUAAAGGCAAACUACCUGAUGGUGAUGAUUCUGUACUUAGGAUAAGCACCAUUGCUUCAGCGAUUGCAGAUGCAUCAGUGAGUACUGAUCCUUCCCAACUUGCUGCCAUGAUCAAGGCACUUUCAAAUAAAACCAGAGAGAAGACUUUUCAGGAAGAUGGUGAACAACAGGACGUUUCCAUUGUGUCUCAUUUCAUAGCUAAUGAUUUAGAAAAAAGUAAUGGAUCCAGUGCAUUUGAUAUGGAGAAAUACCUUAGAAAAACGGAAGUUAGUAGAUGCGAAGGUGGACUGGGAAACUUUUCAAGAACUGGUAUGUCUGACAUUUGGGAUUUAUCUUUGCCAAAAGAACACACUACACAAGACAUCCAUACAGUGGACUUAGAUGCUACUAGUAUAAGUGUAAGGGAAUCAGAAGAAAAUACACCAGCUGCUUUUUAUGGUGAAAACAGAGAGAGUGAAAACCAGGAAUCAUUUAGAACAACAGACUCUUCAAAUUCAGUUAUUACAAAUAUAAGAGAGAGUGAGAGUGCAAUAGUUGAUGUGAAGACAUAUUCCAUUGACGACAAAUUACCAGAUACUGGUAACAGUGAAAAAGCUACCUCAAUAUCCAUUCCAACAUCUAAUAGUUAUUCAUUAGUAAAGGGCCCCUUUUCACUGUCAGAAGAGUGUGAAGAAAUGCAAACUAAUAGAGAAAAUCAGAGGCAAAAUGAAUAUGUUUGUGAAACAAGUAGCAGUGAAAAGCAUGUGACUUUUGGAAAACAUUUCUUAAUCUCACCUAAAAAUGUUGAUUUGAAAAGUUUUUCUCCUGAGCAUGGUGGACAUAGUUCAGAAGAUGAUCAGGAUAGCUUCAGACCUUCCACCACUCCACUGAGUCAUUCUUCUCCUAGUGAAGUUUCUGGAACGAGUUUAUCAGGGUGUGCUUCAGAAUCUUUUGGCUCAGCAGCUCAUCAUCAGAAGCCCCCCUGUGAGAGUGAGUUGUCUCAGUUGAUGUAUCCACAGGCUAGUGUGAGUAGGCUCACUUACGUGUCUGAACAAGAGAGCACCUGUCCCACCAUGGCCUCAGAUCAUGGCCUUGAGGACUGCAAGAGUGAUAUCACCAGUGAGUUGAGCACCACAAUUAUUCGAGGAAGUCCAAUUCCACCAGAGGAACAGGCUGUGGAAAAGUUGAAAGAAAAAGAUUCAUUUCAAGGUAGAGGAAGAGAAACAUUGUCACAUAUUAUCCAGGAAAAGUCAGAUGCAGAAAAAAUGACUGAAACUACUUCUCUGAGUAGCAAACCUGAAGAUGUAAAACCCACCUUUAGAUUUAGUAAAGAUCUUUCCUCCAAAAGUGAAGAUCUGUCGGAAACCACUGCCACCGGUUUGACUACAAACUCCAGUGAAUUGGACCAGAUCAGCCUGGCUCAUCUGAGCAAGUCAGGUCUCCGGCACCCGAUUGCGUCAGCAUUGCCACGCCUCCCUUUGACACUCCAGGCAUCUGGGAACGAAAGUGAGAGAGUAACUUCAGAAGAUACGUCAACUACCAACAGUGCGUUGAGUGGCCGGGUUCCUCAUCAGAUGGCCUCUGGAAGCCAGUGUGCCUCUAUUCCCAGCUCUGUGGUUUAUGGCUCUGCGCUCGACAUGCAGAACAUGCCCACCUCAGUUCCUGCACUGUUGACUCGACAUUCUUUAGCCACAGCUCCCUUUGCCCAACAGUAUUUGGGAACACUACCUGCAGCUGGAAAUGCUGCUUUGCCUCUGUGCUAUUCUGGCAGCACCACCGUCUGUGGCUUCUCAGGAAGCUGUUCUUAUCCUGCUGUCACAGGCGAGCAUGUUCAGAACUCUGUGGCUGUGGACAUUUGUCUAGGACAAAAUAUCACCUCUGGAUUGAUGGGUAGUUCUUCCAUUUGUAACCCAUAUUCUAAUACCACACAUCAGAAUCUUCUAACUACAGCAAAAUCUUUUCCUGUGCAGUCUGUUGGUGCAAAUUAUGGCAUUGAACCAUGGGAUUCAGGAAUGAUGUCAGGAUUUGGGCAUGUAAGAGUACCUGAGGAAGUGAAGUUUCCUCAUGCUUGCUGUGUUGAUAUUGCUUCACAAACCCACCUUAGUGUACUUAAUCCAACCACCCACUGGCUGCAGGUCAGCAUAGGAGUUCUCAGUGUUAGUGUUAAUGGUGAAAAGGUGGAUCUUUUAGCAUAUCCUUGUUUAGUUUUCAAGAAUAAAGUCAUCAUAAGACCUCAUGCCACAGAAGAGAUAAAAGUACUUUUCAUACCAUCCGAUCCUGGGAUUUUCAGAUGUAUAUUCAGUGUUGCUUCUUGGCCAUUUACAGCGGAUGCGGAUGCUGAGACAGUAGUCCAAGCAGAAGCCUUGGCAAGCAGAGUCAUUCUCACCGCUAUUGCUGAGACCCCUGUGAUCUAAGUAGAAACAGAAAAGAAAGAUAUUCUUGAUUUUGGUGACUUGACUUAUGGUGGCUGGAAAGCUCUCCCAUUAAAAUUGAUAAAUAAGACACAUGCCAUCGUGCCAAUCAGACUUAUUAUUAAUGCUAAUGCCAUAGCCUGGCGUUGCUUCACGUUUUCCAAGGAACCCGUCCGUGCUUCGAUGAGAGCUGCUCCUUAUGCUGAUGUGAUUGCUCAGCUGGCAGCUCCUUCUGUGAUCAAUCACAUGAUGCCCGCUAGUUACGAUGGACAGGAUCCUGAAUUUUUUAUAAUUUGGGUUCUUUUCCAUAGUCCAAAGAGACACAUCACUUCUUCAGAGAUUCUGGACUCAGCAGAAGAAUUCUUGGCAAGAGUUGAUAUAGAAGUUGAUAGCCCAAACCCUACGCCAGUCAUUAAAAGUGUUGGUCUUCGAGCCAGAACAGGAAUUGCUAGGAUACAUGCUCCAAAGGACUUACAGACUAUGCAUUUGUUUGCCAGUGUGGCUUCCUCAACAAAACAGCACUUACCCUUGAAAAAUGCUGGGAAUAUUGACGUUUACUUAGAUAUCAAGAUCCCAGAUCAAGGAAGUCACUUUUCAGUGUUUCCAGAGACUCUCUUCCUUAAACCUGGAGAAGAACACGAAGUUAUUGUUUCAUUUACUCCAAAGGAUCCCCAAACCGCUGAGGAAAGGAUCUUGAAAAUAUUUGUGCAGCCAUUUGGACCUCAGUAUGAAGUAGUGUUAAAAGGUGAAGUAGUUUCCUCAGAAAAUAAACCUCUAGCACUUGGAUCUGGCUGCUCAGACAUUCCGUCCAUUUUAUCCAACAAGCAGUUUUUGGCUUGGGGAGGUGUCCCCCUGGGCAGAACACAGCUUCAGAAACUAGCUUUAAGAAAUAAUUCUACGUCCACAACCCAACACUUGCGACUGCUAAUUAGAGGACAAGACCAGGACUGCUUUCAGCUUCAGCACACUUUUGGUUCAGAAGAGCGAUUAACUAGUAACUGUGAGAUCAAAAUUCGUCCAAAAGAAGACAUUACCAUCUUUGUAUUGUUUACACCUACUCGAUUAUCUUGUAUGUUGGCUAAACUAGAAAUUAAACAACUUGGAAUUCGAUCACAGCCAGGUAUUAAGUUCACGAUACCUUUGUCUGGAUAUGGAGGAACAAGUAAUCUUAUUUUGGAAGACGUUAAAAAAUUAUCUGACAGUUACAUGGUAACAGUGAAUGACUUAAUACCUGGCAAAGAAAGUAGAAUUGUUUUUUCUAUUCGUAACACUGGUUCUCGGGCAGCUUUUGUAAAAGCUAUAGGUUUUAAGGAUUCUCAGAAAAGAGUUUUCCUGGAUCCUAAAGUAUUAAAGAUUUUCCCAGAUAAAUUUGUUCUCAAGGAAAAAACACAAGAAAAUGUUACUAUAAUAUAUCAUCCAUCAGAGAGAGAUAGCAAUUACAAAACCACAACAGAAUUGUCAACUGUGUACUUCUUUGGUGGAGAUGAAAUUUCACGACAGCAGUAUCGAAGAGCUCUGUUGCAUAAACCAGGGAUUCUAGAAGAGAUACUUCCAGAGAAUAGUGUGCUUCAGAACAUUGAUUUUGCUGAAACGUUUCAAGAUGAGCUACUAGUAACUGAAGUGUAUGAUCUUCCCCAGCGGCCUAAUGAUGUUCAACUCUUUUAUGGAAACAUGCGUAAAAUUAUGCUUUCAGUAAUUGGAGAAUUCAGAGAUUCCACUUCUAACAGAGAAUUUCUUCAGUCUUCUUCCAAAGCUAACCUAGAAUUUAAAAGUGAAUCUGACAGUCUUGGGAAACAUGGUGGCAAUGUUUCUUUGGAUGUUUUACCAGUUAAAGGUCCUCAAAGUUCUCCACUUUCACAAGCUGUUCACCCACCUCAAGAUAAAUCAUCCUCUGAAGAAAUGUGGACUGUCCACCCCGAACACUUGAUUUUGGUAGCCCCUUCUGCGUGUGACCUGGCAAAAACUGGACGUUUCCAGAUUUUAAAUAAUUCUGUUAGGUUACUGAACUUUGAACUGUACUGGCCGGCACAUUGCCUUACGGUCACACCACAACAUGGAUUUAUUGAGCCAGAGAGUAAGCUACAGAUUCUUGUGAGCCCCAAUUCCUCCUCAUCCACAAAACAAUCAAUGUUCCCAUGGAGUGGUUUGAUCUAUAUUCACUGUGACAAUGGACAGAAGAAAAUUGUGAAAGUUCAAAUUCGAGAAGACCUGACUCAAGCAGAACUUCUCACUCGUUUGGCCUCCAACCCAUUGGGAAUCCCUUUUCCAGUUACUGAGCCUUUAACUAGACAUCUUGUAAAACCAAUGACAAAGCCACCUUCCACAAAAGUUGAGAUAAGAAAUAAGACUGUUACUUUUCCUACAACAGAACCUGGUGAAACUUCAGAAAAUUAUCUGGAACUUCAGAAUCAUGGUAACACAGAAGUAAAGUGGUAUCUGUCAUCUUUAGCUCCACCUUAUGUCAAGGCAGUCGAUGAAAGUGGAGAUGUUUUUAGAGCUACUUAUGCAGCAUUCAGAUGUUCUCCUAUUUCGGGAAUAAUGGAAAGCCAUGGCACACAAAAGGUCUCUGUUACAUUUUUGCCCAGAGAUAAAGGGGAUUAUGCCCAGUUUUGGGAUGUUGAAUGUCACCCCCUGACAGAGCCUCACAUGAAACAUACCUUGAGAUUUCAACUUUCUGGACAAAGUGUCAAAGCAGAAAAUGAGCCUGGAAAUUCAUGUGUUUCUACAAAUACUCUUAUUAAAAUAGAUAAUCUAGUUAAGCCCCGAAGACAAGCUGUGUCAGAAGCUCCUGCUCCCAUACCUGGACACCUUGACUUGACUUACCGUGGAGUUUAUGCCCCAGAAGAUGUGUAUCAGUUUCUACCGACUAGAGUUGGGGAAUCAAGGUCUUUAAAAGUCAACUUGCGAAAUAAUUCUUUUAUUACACACGCGCUGAAGUUUUUAAGUCCCAGAGAGCCUUUCUACGUCAAGCACUCAAAAUAUUCUUUGAGAGCCCAGCAUUACAUCAACAUGCCCGUGCAGUUCAAACCAAAGGCCGCGGGCACAUUUGAAGCUUUGCUUGUUGUUCAAACUGAUGAAGGCAAGAGUGUAGCUAUUCGACUAAUUGGUGAAGCUCUUGAAAAAUUGAACUAGAACACAGAUUGUGUAAAGUAAAUGGCCUAAGUUAUAUUUUGAUAACUUCAUUUUUCUGCACUACAAUUAUGCUUUUGUAUAUAUUUUGUAUGAUAAAUUCGAUGUAUAAAAAUAUUUGAUGUAUAAACAGUAGAUUUUUUGUUGUUUUGAGAAGCUAAUACUGAAGAUGUGACUAAAAUAUCAUGUAUCUAGCCUAUAGUAUUGUAGUUAAUUUUUGAUGGGAGAAGAGAAUUCUAUUUUUUAAUUGAUUAUGAUAUUCUGAAUAAAGAUGGUAUAUAUUUUAUUGUGCUAUAUCUAGAAAUAAAGUUAAUUUUCACUGAA